AUGCCCAUAACAGCAAAUACUACAUACGUGCCCACAUCAACAAAUGCCACUGCAACACACAUAACAACUGUGGAGUCAGUUCCAACCUGCAGUUGUGGUUGUGGUGGUAGUUUCUACUCUGACAUUGGUGUCAUCACAUCGCCUAAUUAUCCUGAGCCCUAUGCGGACAACAAAGUUUGCUUCUAUUACAUCAAAGUAACGGACGGAAUGUUAGCGCAGUUAGCAUUUAUGACGCUAAGCGUAGAUGAUGACGUCGACUUUGUCCAUGUGUAUGAUGGAACUUCGGGGCUGCUAUUGGCGACGUACCAUGGUACGUAUGGUCAAUCUGACGUGACAUCACCUCAUGCGGAGAUGAGAGUGGUAUUUCAUUCUGGUGUCGCUGAACGACAGAACCUAGGUUUCUACGCUGUGUUCCGUGCCGUAACAACAGAAAGGCCGACUUACUUCAACAGCUCAUUCUGGACACCACCAAAUCAUUGUAGAACACCAAACUAUUUCACUGGUGAAAUUAAAUCACCUAACUACCCUUCCUAUUAUCCUAACAACCAGGACUGUGAGUUUCGCAUUACAGUACACAAUGGAAAGCAAGUUCAGUUAACGUUCUCAGAAUUUGACACAGAAGAGUGUUGCGACCGCGUGAUUAUCUACGAUGGUUUAACAACUUCAUCAGCACACAUGGGAACAUAUUCGGGUUCUACUAUUCCACCCAUCAUACUCUCCUCUGGUCCAGACUUGAUGGUGAGAUUUUAUUCAGAUAGCACGGUAACCAAACGUGGAUUCCACGCCUAUUUCAAUGCGGUUCAACCUAUAUAUAUUUCAACGACAGAUAUCUCAACGACAUCCGACUAUGAUCAACAGACGACCUCACAAGAUUGUGGUGGUACAUUUCAUAGUGAUACCGGGAUAAUCAAUUCUCCUAAUUAUCCAAAUAAUUACCCAAACAAUCAAUAUUGUUAUUAUUACAUCACAGUACGCGAUGGAAUGUCAGUGCAGUUAACAUUCUCAGAAUUUGACACAGAAGAGUGUUGCGACCGCGUGAUUAUCUACGAUGGAUUAACAACUUCAUCAGCACACAUGGGAACAUAUUUGGGUUCUACUAUUCCGCCCAUCAUAGUCUCCUCUGGUCCAGACUUGAUGGUGAGAUUUUAUUCAGAUAGCACGGUAACCAAACGUGGAUUCCACGCCUAUUUCAAUGCGGUUCAACCUAUAUAUAUUUCAACGACAGAUAUUUCAACGACAUCAGACUAUGAUAAACAGACGACACCACAAGAUUGUGGUGGUACAUUUCAUAGUGAUACCGGGAUAAUCAGUUCUCCUAAUUAUCCAAAUAAUUACCCAAACAACCAAGAUUGUUUUUAUGACAUCACAGUACGCGAUGGAAUGUCAGUGCAGUUGCAGUUCAUGACAUUCGAUACGGAACGCUACUGUGACUUUGUCUACGUCCAGGAUGAUUUAAAUACGUUAUAUUAUUCUGGUGCAAAACACCCAUUUAGCAUAACAUCGCAAAGUUCAAACCUGCUGGUUAGGUUUACAUCUGAUUACAAUGUCAUUGGACUGGGGUUCCAAGCUAGGUUCAAUGCAGUGGAUACAUACCAACCAAUGACAACAUCCUCGUUGCCAUGGACGACAACACCAUUUAGCUGUGGUGGUUAUUUCAAUGGCGAGUCAGGUGUAAUUGUUUCGCCUCAUUAUCCUUUCAAGUAUCCCUCGUCUAUACAUUGUUAUUAUUACAUUACUGUGACCACUGGUAUGUCAGUGCAGUUGGAAUUUAGUGCAUUCAGCACCGAAAAAGGAUUCGACAAUGUUACUGUUUACGAUGGCCCUUACGCAAAUGGGAUAACGUUGUUGAAUGGACACUCAGGGGACAGUGCUCCUGUUUUGCCACUAUCAAGCGGCAAUUCCAUAACGGUUGUUUUUCAUUCUGAUUACAACACUGAAUACGAAGGCUUUUCUGCCAACUUCAUGUCAGCAAACUGUGGUGGAGUAUUCACAUCACGCAAAGGAGCUGCAUUUGCAUCACCUUCAUAUCCCAGAGAUUAUGAUUCAGACUGUUAUUAUUACAUCUUAGUGUCCUAUGGCGACACAAUACAGCUAUCGUUCACCGACAUCAACAUGGCUGCUCAUGACUUCCUUCAUGUGUAUGAUGGCAGCAGCACAUCGGCUACAUUAAUGGGGACUUUUACACGGAUUGAUCACGUGCCUGACUUGUUCUCUACCGGUUCACACAUGGUUAUUCAUUUCCACAUUGACGUGAACAAUAGUUAUUCAGGAUUCAGAGCUACAUAUUAUAUAACUGAGCCCCCCACUACAGCAACACCUUACUAUCAUAAUAGAAUAACUACAAACAAUCAUGCUCACAUGACGGCAAUUCCACUAGUUCUCGUUUUAGCCAUAGUAUGUAUUUCACUUGUGAUAAUUUAUAUUCAUGGUUACAAACGUUGCAAGAAGUCAAGAUUGCCCCAACACAACCCUACAAGGCCUGUGCGACCUCCUACAUAUGAGAAUAGUACGCGCCCAGAUGGUUUAUUUUGUUACAACACAUUACCACCGGAAUCACAUAGUCUCGUUUCGCCGGUAUAUUAUGUCAACCCUCUCGCAAAUUUAGCGAACAGUCGACCACCGCCUCCAAUGUAUGAAGAAAUAUCGCACAACCCAUCGGAUGUAAGUACUGCUAAUGUAACAGAAGAUGCAGCACCGCCUUACGGGAGUUAUUCAAACUUCAGUGAACCUGCAUGCUUCGCUCAUAAAGUUUAA